CCUGGCCUCUGGAGAAGCCAUCCCAGCUCUCAGCCGCUGAGCCUUCUCUCCAGCCCCAGCGUUUAUCUUUUGUCUUUAGCUCAUUUCUCUCAUGUUCCUCCAUGCUCUCCAUAUUGUAGUAAAUGGUUGUACAGCAUUCUGCUGUGCCCGUGAACCUCCUUCUAGAUUUGUUUUCUCCAUUUAUUUAGUGUGUGGGUGGUUUCAUAUCACAACCAGGUAAAGAAUGCUGGAAUAAGUUUGGGAAUGUAAAGUCUCUCGCAGAUACUGAGUUUUCCUCUGUGUGUCUCUACUCAGUCAUGGUAAUGAUGGAUCAUGUGACAGUCCUCUUUGUAAUUGUUUGAGAACACGCCAUAUUGUUUCUAACAAUGACUGUAUUAAUUUACAUCUCUCCAGUAAUGUGCUUUUUCCUCUAUGUUCUCUACAUUAUGUUUGCUUUUUGUAUAGUGGACAUUGUUUUUAAAAAGAUUUACUUACUCCAUUUUUUUAUACUUUUGUUUGUCUUAAAUACACGUGUACUAUAUGCAUGCCUGGUGCCCGAGGGAGCCAGAAGAGAGUGUCAGACCCCCUGAAAUUGGAGUUAGGGAUGCUUAUGAGCCACCAUGUCGGUACUGGAAAUCAAGCCUGGGUCCUCUCCCUGAUCAUAAAGUACUCUAAAAACACUGGGCUCUCUCUCCUGCCCUCUGGUAACUGACACUCUUACCAGGCACGAGGAGGCCACUGGCUGUGAUUUUAAUGUCUGUCUCUCUGAUGCUUAUUUUUCAUGUACCUCCAGUAGGCCGUUUUUAUGUUCCCUGUGGGGAAAUGUCCAUUUAUGUGUUUGCUUGUUUCUUAAUUAGCAUGUGUCCUUAUCGCUGAAUUGUCUGCAUUCCUUCUGAGGUCACUGUGUCAGAGUUUAGAUGUUAAAUCCAUAUCAGGUAUGUAAUUUGCAAGUAUUCUUUCCCAUUCUCCAGAUCGUCCCUCUACUCUGUGCAUGGUUUCCACUGCUGUGGGAAGUUUUCAGUAGAAUGUAAAUCCCAUUUGUCCAUUUUGCUUUUGUUACUUGUGUUUUUACAGUAAUACCUAAUACAUACGGUGUCAUGGAGGCUUUCCUCUGUUUUUUUUUUUCCCUAGUAGUAUCAGUUUUUGUCCUUAAAUUUUAAUCUGUUUUGAGUUGACUUUGCAUGUUUUGUGACUGAAGGUCUAGUGUCAAUCUACUGCAUGUUAACAUUGAAUCCGACCAGCACCACGGAUUGCAGAGGCUAGUGUGGAACCCAUUGGACCAGGCUGGCCUGGAAUUUGAGCAAGCCUCUUGCCUCUGCCUCCCCAGUGCUGGCAAUGUAUAGCCAUGCUACCACAUCCGGCAGUUCUUCCUGCACUUUAUUUAUGGUUAUGGCCUGUGGGAGGCCAUGAGCCGUGGGAGAGGAGUGUGAGUGGGGAUGCUUGAGAAUAAAAGUAGUCGAUGAAAUCAUGGUGUCAUAAGUGAGUCUGGGAACAUCAAGUGACAAUCCUAUGAAAGGCUUUCUUUUUGUCCCCCAGGGAGGAUCCUGAAGAAGAAUGGCCAGCUCUGGUUCUCAGGACGUGGUCUGUGGGUCAGUGAUGUUUAGGGAUGUGGCUGUUGUCUUCUCUCAGAAGGAGUGGGCCUGCCUGGAUGCUGCGGAGAGGGUCUUAUACAGGGACAUUAUGUUGGAGACCUACAGAAACCUCAUCACAGUGGUGGGAAGUUCCAUUUCCAAACCCGAUCUGAUCACCUUACUAGAGCAGGAGAGAGAGCCCUGGAUGGCUGUGACGGGAGAAGCAGACAGGCCCAGCCCAGAUUUAGAGUCAAAUUAUGAAGCUGAAAAUAUAUGUCCAGAAAAUCAUAUAAAUUUACCCAAACAGAGAACAAAGCAAUUAAGCAAAUCUUUUGACAUCCAGGGCUCCAGUUUUAGUAAUGAUCCCAACUGUAGUACAUUCAAGGGACUACAGAGUUAUCAAGAAGGAGAUGCUGAGCAAAAGAUUAGUAACAAGGAAAAACUGCCUAAUUACAUCUGUCAGACUCUUACUCACAACAGAGAAAAAGUCUAUGAAUGUAAAGAGUGUGGGAAGUACUUUGGUUGUAGUUCAACUCUUGUUCAACAUCAGACUAUUCACACUGGAGAGAAACCCUAUGAAUGUAAGGAAUGUGGGAAAGCCUUCACUGUUCUGGCACAGCUCACUCAGCACCAGAACAUUCAUACUGGAGAAAAAUCACUUGAAUGUCAGCAGUGUGGGAAGGUAUUUAUUAGUGGUUAUUAUCUUGAUCGACACCAGAGUAUUCAUACUGGUGAGAAACCCUUUGAGUGUAAAGUCUGUGGGAAGGCUUUUAGGCUUCAGGUAUACCUCUCUGAGCAUCAGAAAACUCACACUGAUGAGAAACCUUUCAAGUGCAAGCUGUGUGGCUCAGCCUUCAGACGUAAGAACCAACUUAGUGAGCAUCAGAAAAUACAUACUAAUGAGAGACCCUAUCAGUGCAAGGAAUGUGGGAAACACUUCCGUCGACGUUCAAAUUUUACUGAGCAUCAGAGUAUUCACACUGGAAAGAAACCAUUUGAGUGUAAGGAAUGUGGGAAAGUCUUUAGACUUAAUAUACAUCUCAUUCGACAUCAGAGUUUUCAUAGUGGUGAAAGAUCUUUUGAGUGUAAAGAAUGUGGAAAGGCUUUUCAUUUUUCCAGCCAGCUUAAUUGCCACAAAACCAUUCAUACAGUUCAAACACCCUUUGAAUGUGAGAAAUGUGGGAAGUCCUUCAAGCAUGUAUCCAGUCUUGUUGAACAUAGGAUUAUUCAUGCUGGUGUGAAGCCGUAUGAAUGUAAAGAGUGUGGGAAAACCUUUAAUCGUCGCUCAAACCUCAUGCAACAUCAGAAAAUUCACUCUGGUGAGAGACCCUUUCAGUGUAAGGAAUGUGGAAAAGCCUUUACUGUUCUGGCACAGCUCACAAGGCACCAAAGUAUUCAUUCUGGAGAGAAAUCAUUUGCAUGUGAACAGUGUGGAUCAGCUUUCAGACUUCAGUACCAACUUACGCAACAUCAGAGAAUUCAUAGUGAUGUGAAACCUUUUCAGUGUAAGGUAUGUGGAAAGGGCUUUGUUCGUGGUACAGCUCUUAGAAUUCAUGAGCGAAUCCACACUGGUGAGAAGCCCUUACAAUGUUAGGAAGCUGGGGAGCCUUUCAGUAUCAUUACCAAUUUCUUGGACAUUUUAGAAUUCAUACUGGCAAGAAUCCUUGUGAAUGUACACAAUGUGGGGGAAUACUUUUCUCAUGGUGAAGACCUUAAAGCACAUCUAAGAAUUCACACUGGUGAGAAACUUUACCAAUAUUAAAGUGGGAAGCCCUUUAGUGAAAAUCAAGCUUUGUUUGACAUGCUAAAAUUCAUAUUAGUAAGAAGCCUUAUGAUUUAAGGAAUGUGAAGGCCUUCAGUAAUUCUAAGAUAGCUGUAUUUUAGAGAGAUCAUUAUGAUGAAAACCUCAUGAAUGUAAGAAAUUUGGGAAUUUAUAGUGGCGAGAAACCCUAUAAAUAUAACAUAUGAUGGGAAUAUUUAGAUUUAGUUCAGCUUUUACUACACAGUGGAGAAUUCAUACUGGCACAAAACUCUUAUGACUGUGGAAAGACCUCAACUCAUGCGCAGGCCUUCUUCAACAUAAGAGAACCCAUGCUGAUGUGAGCCCUUUGAAUGCAAGGAAUGUGGGAACAUUUAUAGAAUCAGCUCAGCUUUUAAACCUCAUCAGAGAGUCCCUAUAGGUCUGAAACUCUGUGAAUAUAAAGAAUAUGGGGAAAACUUUAUUGUAAAUAAUGAGCUUACGCAAUAUCAGAAAAUCCAUCAUAUGGAGUCUCAUGUAUCUAAGGAAGGUUGACAAGCCUUUAAAUGGAAAUUUUACUAAACAUUAGAGAACUCAUAUUGGCAACACUGUGACUGAGAAGAAUGUGGGAAGAAUUUUAAUCUGCCCUAAGCUUUGGUUAACAUCGGAGUAUUCAUCUGUUCUUGAUGAGGAGAAACCCUUAGAGAAUGAGAACAUGGACUCUCUGUUCUUCAGAGAUGAUAACUCUUGAGAAUGUCUAUGUUAGCCAUCAUGUUCUUGAUUUACUCUUGUCUCAUUUUAUAAACUUAAUUCACCAAACAUUACUCAGCCAAUUUAGGAAAAAUAGUUAUAACUAGGGUUAUUUAAGGCACCUUCAUUGUCACCAUUUAUAUCCCAUUGCUCCUGUGAUAGUAGGCCCAGUGUUUACUUUGUUUCUGCUUAAUUUGUUAAUGUUGAGCACAGUUCUAGCCAAAGUUGUGGAAUCAGGGUUAUAAAAGAUAUAAAAUCCUUGAAAGAGUAUUUGUUUCAUGCUCAUAUUCUGUAAAAUAGCUUUUACAGUGUUUUUGUUGGAAUUACUGUAACUGAUAUUACAAGGUAAUUGUAAUUCUGUUUAGUAAAGCCUCAUGCAUUCAUCCACUAUUAAAUUUUAAAUAACUUCAUUCUGUAUAAAAUCUCAUGGAUGAAAAGGUACAUGAAGGGAUUUUCAUUGAGAAUUCAUUCCUUAAGUAUUUGUGUAUAGAUAUUAAAAAUACAGCUGUUGAUGGGGAAGUAUGAUUUUAAAGGAGUUAAAAAUUCAAAGGCUAAAACCCUACAUUUAUGUUCCAUGUCCAGACAUUAAGUUAAACUAUAUAUUUGUGACAGGGCAGGGCAGUGUAUAGGUUCCUCCAUCUCAUAUUCUUGCUGAAAAUUUGACUUCUGAUGGAGAAUUUUGUGAAAAACUAACCAUCUCUAUUCUAGGAACUGUAGGUCCAGAUUCCCCAUCUAAUUUAUCUUGGCUGCUGUUAAACCACCUUGCAUGUGUAAACCUCCUCCUCCAACUAACUGCUUCUGUUGGCUUCUGUUAAAAUGCCCGUUUUAGCAAAAGCUUCUCCUUGAGCUGCUGAGCAAUAUAAAAGAAUGUGGCUUUUACUUUUAACAGCCCCUUGCUUUAAAUGCUUUGGACUACACUUGGUUCCCAAAUACCUGGGUGUAGUCCCAGCUAACUGCUAUAAAGACUUUCAGUUGCCUAUAAAACUCUGUCUGAGUGGUCUUUUCUGUUGGACUCCCCAUAAAACAUUAACAAAAAUAGCAAAAUUGAAACCUUUUACAAAAAUACAUGUGUGAAAUUUUUCAUUCAUACGAAAAAGUUGGAAGAAUCAAAAACACACUUCUGUGUUUUUACCUAGAUUCAAAAAUUGUUAAUGUCCUUCAUUGAUCAUAUUUUUUUGUAUAUUGGGUAUUUGGGGCUGUAGUAUUAAGAUCACAUUUUAAGCUUGGGUGUUGUAGUGCAUGCCUGAAACUCAGUACUUGGAAAGCUGAGGCAGGAAGAUAAAGAGUUGGAGGUAAACCUAGCUACAUAGUGACUUCAAAUCCAACUUUGGCUGUAUAAAGACCUUUUUUUUUUUUUCAAAAAAAAAUUUGUAGACUGACGUUUAUUCCUCCACUGUUGGUGGAAGUACAAACUGGCACAGCUACUUUCUAUCCUAGUAUGGCAAUUUUUCCCUGAAAAUUAGGCAACAAUAUACCUUAAAACUCAGCAAUACCAGUUUUGGGCCUAUACAAAGAAGAUGCUCAUCUAUACCACAAGGACAUGUGCUCAACUAUGUUCACAGCAGAAUUACUUUGUCAUAGACAGAACCUGAAAACAACCCAAAAUAUACCUCUUCUACACAUAUGAUAAAUGAGAGCAAUCAUCCUUUACAAUAGCAAUAAAUACCAUAAAAUAGCUUGGAAUAACUUUAACUACACAAGUGGGAAAACCUUUAUGACAAGAACUUUAAAUCUUUGAAGAAAAUGAAGACAUCAGAAAAUGGAAAGAUCUCCUAUUUUAUUGUGAAGGUAGAAACAACAUAGCAAAAAUGACACAUCUUAACUGAAAUCAGUCUGCAGAUUUAAUAUAAAUGCCCAUUAAAAUUAUAGCAAAAUUCUUCACAGACUUCGAAAGAACAAUUCUCAACUUUAAAGAGAAAACAUAAACUCAAGUUAGCCUAAACAAUCCUAAAAUCCUGUAUAAUCAAGGAACUUUUGAAUGCAAUACAAUCUCUGACUUUAAACUUUACUGCAGAGGCACAGUAUUGAAAACAGAUUUGAGAAUCAAAGGAACUGAUAUUAAUCCACCUUGAAUACAAAUUUACAUGUCUACAAAUAGCAGAUUUUUGAC